AUGGUACAUUUCAUUGAAAUCAUUAGAAUGAGUCUAUAUUGUAGAAAGUAUCUAUUAUUCAUUUCAAGAGAAAAGAGUGAAAUGUUAAAGACUGAGGUUGAUUUCCUUGGUUUCCACAUUCAUAAAGAUGGUAUAUCUCCAAGAGCUGCAAAGGUUAGAGCUAUCUCUGAGUUACCUGAACCAAGAAACGCCAAAGAAGCUGAAGCUGCAUUAGGUCUUUUUGGAUUCUUCAAGAGACACAUUGAAAAUUUCGCUGAAAAGACCUAUCACCUUUCCAAAGAAUCAAAAGGAAAAAACAAGAAAACACUUUCUGAUGAAUCACUCAAAGAAUUCAAUAAUCUAAAGAAAGAGUUUGAAGGUGAAAAUAUUGUCGCUAUUCCAAUUGAACAAGAUAACUCCAUACCAAUAGAUAUCGAAAAGGUUAAAGCAUCAACAGACAUGCCAUUACAUUCAGAUAAUAAUAAUCUAAACAAUGGUAGUUUUCACUUGUAUUGUGAUGUUAGUGAUAAAGCAUUAUCAGGUGUAUUAUAUCAAAUUCAAGGUGAUAAAUUCAAAGUCAUUUGGUUUUACAGUAGAAAACUUACUGAUACUCAAAAGAGGUACAGCAUAGGUGAUAGAGAGUUCCUUUCGAUCAUUGAUUCUCUAAAGAAGUUUCAACAUUUAUUAAUUGGUAAAAAAGGUUUCAAUCUACACUGA